AUUCUGCGUUGAAUUAGCAAUGUCCUUAAAGUAGUUUACAGAAUUUCAGAGAGAGGAUGUAAAGUUAAUUAUUUCAUCUUUUCAACAGACAAAAACUGUUUCUAUAGACUACUAUUUUUAUUAUUUAAAAGUUUAAGUCACUUAAAUUAUUAUUAUUAAUACUAUUUAAAGUUGUACAAGAUAGUAUGAAAUAAUAUUCAUAUUAUUAAUUUAGAAUUAAAAAAUUGAUAAAGACAAAUAAUUUAUCUUUGCAAGGACAGGCUUAAUAGUCUUUAAUAUUUUAAUUUUUGUAAGUUUUACUGAAAAUUCUAUGAGAACAUUAUGAGAAUAAAAAGUAAUGAGUUCUUAACUUUUGCUUUAUCGAAAGGAAUUUAGAGGUAAGCCUACAUUUUUAGUAGCGGAUAUAAGCAUGUUGAGUAAAUAAUGGGAGAUGUUGUAUACUUUAAUGUUUGUGUAAAAAAAUAUAGUGCGAACCUACUCUAGGUGUAGUCUCGUAUGCCUAUUGAACGAUAAUAAGCACUCAUUCAUUUUGAACUGCAAUUAUAAACGAAAAUGGCUACAAAUGUUUCUGAAGAAUCUUUAUAUAAAAAAUUACACAUUUCAAGGGAAGAAAUGGAAGAAUUAAAUCUUGACCACGGAAUGGAGCCAAAAAAGGUUGUAAAGAAUCUUUUAGCCAGUGGCAAUACAACUAAUGCAGAAAAACUUAUAAGAGAUGGCGCAUACGCUACCGUCUUCCUAUCGGCAGCAAGCAAAUAUAAACACUUUAAUAAAAAGAAAAACAAAAAGAAAGUACUAACAUGUAAAGAAAAAAAGAAUCUUCAUUUAUUUAAAUUGAAUAAUGAAGAACAAAAGUAUAGUACUGCAAAACUUAUACAUAAAUUAUGGAAAUCUUAUAUAAAAGAUUUAUUAAAUUUAAAUGAUAACCAAAGGUUAGACAAUAGUAGAUUGCAAAAUAUUCAAACAACAUUAUGUAAAGCCGAUAUGCAUGGAGCUAGAUUAAAAGUUACGAAAUCUCCAUGUAAUACUCAUAUUGGUAUUUGUGGUAUAGUUAUUAUGGAGAAGAAAAAUCAUUUUCAUAUUGUUACUAAAGAAGAUAAGGUAAAAGUUAUUCCGAAGAAACAUGUUCAAUUUACAUGUAAAAUUGAACAGCUUUUAGUAACAAUAUUUGGUAGUCAAUUUUGCUAUAGAGCAAGUGAAAGGGCUACGAAAAGAUUCAAAAGUAACGUUGUUAUUGAUUUUACAGACGACGCUUUGAUAAAUAUGGCAGUUAUUAAAAAAUUGAAAAGUGGAUGGUUAGUUGAUCAUAAAGAUUUCAUAAACAAUUCCUACACCAACGAGACAUUUGUUGAUAAAAGAAGCAGAGAGUAUAAAAUCGUAUUUAACGAGGAUCUUUUUCGAAUUGAUGGUGAAUUUCUUAUGGAUAGUGAAUUUACUGCUAGAAAUAAUCAAAAAUUAAGUACAAUAAGAAAAAGGAAGAGAAAAGCUAUUGCUGAUGUAAAUAAUUUUAAAGAGUUAGUAAUAAUAGAUUCAUUCUUAAAGGAAUUAGAAGAAUCGAAAGAUUGUCAAACUUAUUUUGAAAAUUUACCAAAAUCAAUAUUAAAAGAUAAUAAUAAAUUGGCGAGAAAUUUAUCGACUGAUUUAACCAAGCGUCUUUCUGAGCUAUCGCUACCUAAUAAGCUUAUUCAAGAUAGGCCCAACGAUAAUAACGAAUUAAUUCUUGAAGAACAAACAUUUUUUAUACCAAGAGGAAGUAAAUAUGUUCUUGGAGAUGUUUUAGAUGGAUUUGAUAUUAAAGAAAAAUAUAAUCUAAUUGUUAUGGAUCCACCUUGGUCAAAUAAGUCUGCUAAACGUUUGAAAUGUUACAAUCAGCUAACGUCUGAUGCUAUUCUAAACAUAGAUAUAGAAUCUAUGUCAGAAGAUAAUUGCUUUCUAAUUGUUUGGACAACAGAGAGAUGGCAUAGUUGGGUUAUUGAUGAGCUAUUGCCAAAAAAUGGUUUCAAGCAUUCAGCUUCCUGGUUAUGGUUGAAAGUUACCAAUGCAGGAAAACCUGUUCGACCACUAAAUGAUAUUCAAAAUAAAGCUUAUGAAUGGCUAGUUAUUGGUAGAAGAGGCUUUGAAGAGAUAAAAAUUGACGACUGUAAUGUAAUAUGCAGCGUCCCUUGUGCGUUACAUUCGUCUAAGCCUCCCAUUUAUCAAUUGUUUACAGAUUAUAUAGAAACAGAACUCAAUACAUUAGAAGUAUUUGCAAGAAAUUUAAAUAUGAAUUGUACAAGCUGGGGAAACCAAGUUCUCAAUUUUCAACAUGAGCUGCUUUAUAAAAAGAAUUUUUUAUAG